CCUGAGACGACUGUACUGAGCGAACAAAAGCUGACCAGAAGGCGAUGUUAUAGGCCUGAGACAACUGUGUUAGAUCAUAGAGCGAAUGAGACGCAUAGUUAUGCUUUAGCUAUAAGAGCUUAAGGCGCUUCCUUAAACGAACUCUUUACAUGGAUCAUCAACUCUUUUUUUCUAAUUUUUCGAUUUUACUUCUCAUCACUCUCUCUCUCUAUAUAUAGGUGGGACUAUGACGGCCAAUUUACUUCUUACGGAUUAAGUAAAGACUUGACGGUACCACACCAACUCUUUACAUGGAUCAUCAACUCUCUUACGGAUUCGGCUUGAUGGCUGUGGGGGCGAGCAUUCUGUGCUCGUUGGUUCUCUUCCACGCUCUUGGCGCCAAGGACACUAGAGCCAAGCUUCCUCCAGGUCCAUGGAACCUUCCUAUCGUCGGCAGCCUCCAUCACCUCGUCGGCACGCUGCCACACCGCGCAUUGCUCCGCCUAUCGCGCCGGUACGGCCAGGUGAUGCUGCUCCGGCUCGGAGAGGUGCCCACCGUUGUCAUCUCUACACCGGAGGCGGCCAUGGAGGUGCUCAAGACCAAGGACCUCGUCUUCGCCAACCGUCCGGGCGGUCCCACGCGUGACCUCAUAAGCUGCGGCGGCAAAGGGCUCGUCGUUACGCCCUAUGGCGAGUACUGGCGGCAGAUGCGGAAGGUGUGCAUCGUGGAGGUGCUCAGCGCGAAGCAAGUGCGGCGGAUGGACUCCAUCCAGCAAGACGAGAUCGCGCAGCUCGUGGAUUCCAUUGCCGCUGCGUCAUCGGCCUCGCCGGCCGCCGUCGUCAACCUCGGCCAGGGGAUGUCCAAGCUUACGAACAAUAUCAUCACGAGGGCCGUGUUUGGUGGCAAGUGCCAGCAACAAGACACGUUCCUCCGUGAGCUGGAGAAGAUGCUGGUUCUUCUGGGAGGGUUCAGCCUAGUGGAUCUUUUCCCGGCAUCGCGGCUGGUACGGUGGUUGAGCGGCGCCGCGCGGGACCUGAGGAGGAGCCACGCCCGGGUACAGGAAAUCCUGGGGGACAUCAUCGUUGAGCGCCAGGAGAUGAAACAAGGUAAAGACAAGGAGGACCUGCUAGACGUGCUCCUCAGGCUGCAGAAGGAAGACACCCUCCGUUUCCCUCUCACUUCUGAGAUCAUAGGCGCAGUCAUCUUCGAUUUAUUUGCAGCUGCAACCGACACCACGGCUGCCACCAUAGAAUGGGCCAUGGCAGAACUCAUCCGCAACCCAGAGGUGAUGACAAGGGCGAAACUCCAAGUUCGACAGAGUACUCUGGCACCAGCACGAGGACAAUGCACGAUAACGAGCGCAGACCUUGGUGGUAAUCUCCACUACCUUCGGAUGGUGAUCAAGGAAACGCUAAGGCUCCACCCGCCCGUGGCGCUCAUACGCAGGGCAACCCAAGAUAAGUGUAAACUCAUGGGCUACGACAUACCCAAAGACAUGCCUGUCAUGAUAAACGCGUUCGCAGUUGGGAGGGACCCGAGGUACUGGGGGCAUGACGCGGCGGAGUUCAGGCCCGAGAGGUUCGACGCCAUGAGCGUGGAGUACAGCCCAGGGCUGGAGAUGGAGUUCAUCCCGUUCGGGUUUGGCCGUAGGCAGUGCCCCGGGGCACUGAUGGCGACAACGACGAUUGAACUCGUGCUGGCUAAUCUCCUAUACCAUUUUGACUGGGUGAUUCCGGGUGGAGCAAGCCCGGAGACGCUGGACAUGGGCGAGGAGUUUGGGCUCAUUGUUCAUUGCAGGUCCAAGCUCUCUCUCAUGGCAGCAACUCGCCAUCAACAGCUGCACUAGUGUCCUACAAAUAACAGCCAACAAGCGAGCUCAUCAUCAAACAAGUUUAUUGCUGGACCAAAGGACCAAGAUUCUCUGUCUUGGUCAUCUUAUUUAUUAUCAUUGGUGUGUCCAACAUGUGAACUAGCUUGUUGUGGUCCACAAAGUCAGGUGAUAUAAGUCAGUGAAUUUAGUUGUACCGGUGUCCAUCUAACUAUUGAUGGGUAUACAAUAAUCUUUCCUAUGCAUGUUUGGUUCAAUUCCAUGGCUAUGUACUCACACCUUUAUUUAUUGUAUAUAUUGCUCGUAUAAGUAUAUAAUUA